CUAAUCAUUAAAAUCUUUUGUCUGUCAAGUUAGCAUUUUAGCAUUCCAAUGUAUGAAGAAAAGUCUUUUCCAAAUCUCAGAGGUCUUCUGUUAAAGGACUUGUUUUAGACUUGUUGGUUUGUUUAGGUUCAAAGCAAGGGGUCUCACUUAAGACUGAAUCUAGCUCAGAAUUAAUAAUCGACACCUUUGAGAUUUUAAUCAUUGUAGAGGUUCUUAGGGUUAGAAUGGGAUAAUGAAGUGAGAUUAUCCAAUUUAGUGAAUAUUGAACAUCUGUGUGCAAGAUACUGUGCUAUAAAACACUGGGGUAUGUAAAAAAUAGAGAAGGUAUUUACAGAAUUUACAGAAGGUAGUGAGGAUUCAGUUUCAUUAUAAAUGUUGAAACACAAAGUGAUUUAUUUGAGCUGGCCAGGUUUGGAAGCAAUGUGGGAUUUCAACAGAUGGGGUAGUUGAAGCAGAGGAGGGUAGGAUUUCCAAGGUGAUGGCCCAGAGAUGAAAGAUGACAGGGCUGUGUUCGGGCAACAGGAUAUUAGUCUGAUGUAAGGUUUAUUUGGGGGAGCUGGUGGGAGAUUAAUCUAGAAUAAAACUUUGUGGUAACAUUGUAGGCGGCUUCGGAUAUCCGUGGCUGAGGUUUGCCACUUAAAGCAGUUGGUAAAGGGGAUCUAUGGGAGAUGACUGCCUUUUUUUAACUGGGUAGAUGUCACGUCUCAUUCCCUGGGAGGCAUUCAUCUCUAGCCCGGGACUUCUGCAAGCUCUACCCAAUGUCUAAGAAGAUGUGAAAUUUACUGGGAGUUUUAUGCCUCCUUUUCAGUUGGCAAGUAAGGUUGGAUAACACUAAUGUUUUUUGAGUACUUCCAUGUGCCAGUGCUCUUCCAGAUACUUUAUGUGAAUUUAUUAAUCCUUAGAACAAACCUCUGCGGGAAGUGCUCUAAUUAUCCCCAUUUUACAGGUGAAGAAAUAGGCAGAUUAGAGCUAUUUGCCCAAGGCUGCACAGCUAGGAAGUGAGAGCCAGGAUUGAGAUUUAGGUUAUCUGGCAUAAGUCUGUGUUCUCUCUCUUGCUUGCAGAUACUUUGGAUUACAGAUCCUUGUCACUAGAGUCCCACUAGGUUGCUGGGUGUUGGGAGAGCUUGAUCGCUUGAUUUUUAUGGAGGAAAAGGACAUUUAUGGAGUUGGGUACAAGGGGUGUAGGGUAAAUGAAUAGACAUACAUUCCAAUAGUUCACCUCCAGUUAUGUGAUCAUGGUGUAGACAGUUCAGCUACUUUGUGAAACAAGGAUGGCUCAUUACACACUCAAGUAGCAUCCUUUCAGCUCUAAAGCUAAUAGGUUUAUUUUUCAGGAUUCAGAAAAUUUCCUCCACUUAUCUUUGUUCAUUGAGUGUGGACAAGGGUAGAAUAGGGGUAAUUACAGUUUGGAAAUGCCAAGGCUUGAAGGUUUCAAGAAAAAUGCCAGGAGAAUUGCAGAGACAUCAAUUGAGUUUGACAGGAGGCUAGUUCUGAUAAAAUAAGUAUGGGAUAAAUGACAUUAAGGUGUGAAAGUGGAGGCAGUUUAAAGAUGGGAGAGACAGAAUGGUCUUAAGGUGAUAAAACAAUCCAGCAACAGGUGAGCUGGUUUUGGUUUUGGUUUUGGUUUUGGGUGGAGAGGGGCAGCAUUUCUAAAGGUAGAAAGGAACCGGUAGAGAAGGUAUACGGGAAUGUUAGUUGAGCAGUAUUUUAGAGGACGCAGAAAAGUAAAGUGAUCAAAGAAACGUGUCAUUCCCCAACAGGCUAAAAUUAGGAGUAAGGAUUGUUAAACUCAAUUUUGUGUUUUUCAUUCUCUACUCCCAAGUGUGCCGGUGUAUCUUAAACAUUCAGUAACUGUUGCAUGAAUGAAGUUAAAGAGUUAGCUUUGGAAAAGCAGGACUCUUAGACUAUGGAAGAAAUUUUGAGGUAAAGGAAAGUGAAAGGCAUGAAAUUGAAUUACCUCUAUGGGUUCAGUAAAGUGGUAGUUAAAGCAUUGGGCUAAGCAGAAGUCAGUGUGGCCCUAAGGAGAACAGGAAAACGUGGGAAUUAGGGAGGAAUUUUAUCUCACCUCUUUCCACCCCGGACCAUCCUUACUCCGUCACAAAGAGGCGAUUAGAUGUAGCGAACUAUCGUGAAGCUUGGAUCCUGAGACAUGAUUUCGUAAUGAAGCUUUAUUGCAGUGUAUAACAUAAGGCAAAUCACGACACAUUUCAGCGUCUGCCAAGCAGUGAUAGAAAAGAUCUGCAUCUGAUCUUGUAAAGACCAAAAGUGACAACAGUACUGAACUCAAGGUAGUAUUAGCUAAUUUGUGCACCAGAAAUACUGCUUUGAGUGUAAGGUGAGUGAUGGUGUUUUGGGGUCCCAGACUCCAUACGGUAAGCUUUUUUUUCCCCCCAAGUUGGCCAAGGCUUUCAUCACGUUGCUUUCGCUUCAGCUAUAGCGGGAAGGACUUUCGCGGGGCGGUGAGCCUUUCGCAACACUCCACUCCUCCGGACCUGUGGCGCGCGGCAUCCUCGCUUCAAAUUCAGGGACUAGUUGUACUCGCCCAAUCACCGGCCUCUUGCUCGCCCCGUCCCUUCUCGCCGUCCAAUCCUAGGCCGGCUCUGAGUCCCCGCCCCGUGGCUCGUGCCGCGAACGGACGUAAACCUGAGGGCGCGCUGUACGGCCAGUCCGGGCGGCCUCGGGUGCGGGGGAUAUGCGCAGGCGCAUUUGCAGUGCCACCGGGACGUCCCCUCCCUCUGGACCUUUCCGGCCAACUCUCGGCUCCCGACCCUGGAGUCGCGGGCUUGAGUCUGUUUAGUAAAACAUGAGGUCCUUUUCAAGGCAGUCGUUUGGAGGACAGCUGUUUUUAUGAAGGUAUCUCCGUUUGCUGUUGCCAUUUUGAGGUCAUUCGACUGGAGUUUUUACUGUUCCAAAAAUCAAAAUUUUUCACCGAAUUUCAGUUUUGUGAUCAAAGUUUACGUGAGAUGGAAGAUUUUCGAGGUAUAGCUGAAGAGUCCUUUCCAAGCUUUUUAACCAAUUCAUUACUUGGUAAUAGUGAGAUUUUGGAAAAUGUCACUCUUUCUUCAAAUCUUGGCUUACCUGUCGCUGUUUCAACACUUGCUAGAAAUAGAUCCAUGACUGAUAACAGGUAUUCUGAUAUCCAGGCAUCUUAUUUAGCAGAAAGGAGAUUUUCAGUUCCAUCGGAGUCAUCUCCCAGUAGCCAGAGUGAAGCUGAAUCAAGAGAGAAGUUACACCUUAGCUUCCAGGAUGAUGAUUGUAUCUCUAAGAAAAAGAACCAUAUAGAAAGUCAGCAUUUGUCAGAUGCUGUUCUCGAAGAGUCUGAUUUGCAAAGAAAUAUAGUAAGAACAGAAGAGGAGCAAGCUAAAACUGCAGAAUCCUUUCAGAGCCAAAAUCAUUUUGAUAGGAUUUCACCACUGGAACAAGUGCAAGACUCGCCUAUUGAUUUUUGUUUACAAUCAUGGACGAAUAAUAAGGAGAACAAGAUUGUUGUUCCUCAUGCUGGAAAGAAAUUUGAAGACAAGAAUCCAAACAAUGACUUAAGCCACACUAGUUUAUUAGAAAAUGAGAAACUUAUGUCACUGACAAGCUUGGACGAUUCUUCUGAUGACGAUAUUGAUGAUGAAGAGUUUUAUGAUGAACAUUUGGAGGCUUACUUUGAGCAACUGGCUAUUCCAGGAAUGUUAUAUGAAGACCUAGAAGGACAAGAACGCCCAGAAAAAGAUUUUAAAUUACCUGCAAAUGAUCCAUUUCAGGCAAAUGAAAAUGGUAGCUUAAACUAUAAAUCUCAAUCAGAAAAUAACAGCUCUCUGACUUCCCAUGGCUCACACUCUUCAGGAAAUUCUGAAACAAUCCACAAAGAGUCUGAAGAAGGCCAUGUUGUUUGUGUGCCUGGGAUCAGUAAAUUUAUAGAUCCUGGAGAUAGUAGAAGGCACGUAGAUGGUGUGUUAUCAUUUUCUUCUAGUACUCAGAGAACUGAGCAAGAGAAAGAAAGGGCAGACAGUUUGAAGGGUAUUAUGUCACAUCAUGGCAGAGAGAGCGCAAGAGAAGAAGUUCCUGUGAAGACUAUCAGGGCUACUAAUGCGAAAUUUAACCCUGUUUAUUUUCAUGACACAAAUGCCAGUGAAGGUGAUUUUGAUGUAAUGGACCCUUUAAAGCUGGAGGCCAGGUCUCUUCAUCAAAAUAAGCACUUGGCAUCUGGUUCAAAAACAGUUUUACCUAUGGAUAGAUGUUUAGACACGGAGACUCCUAAAGUGUCCAUUCAAAAAUAUAUGGACAGAGCAUCUUUGAAGCCUGUUAGUGACAAUGAAAUUAAUUCCACUAAUACUCUUCAGUCACCAACAAGUGAAAGAAGGACAUGUGAAUGUUACAAGUCCACUGAAAAGAGUAAAGAGCAAAUAGAUCUGCCACAGAGUGUGGUCUAUCAAAAUGAAGAGGGCAGAUGGGUCACUGACCUUGCAUAUUAUACAUCUUUUAAUAAGGAACAAGUUUUAAAUAUGGCUCUAACUGAUGAGAUAAAUGAAGACUUCAGAUCUGGUUCUGAAGCAUUGGAUUUGAUUGCACAAGAUGAAGAGGAAUUUAAUAAAGAGCAUCAAUUUAUGCAGGAAGAAAAUAUAGAUGCCCAAAACACUUCAGCUGCACUAGGGGAUACGUCUUGGGGAACUUCAAUUAAUUACAGUUUGUUGAGGAAAUCACUUAGCACAUCAGAUUUGGACAAAGAUGAUGCCAGUUAUUUACGCCUGUCUUUAGGAGAGUUCUUUGCUCAAAGAUCUGAAGCUCUUGGUUGCCUUGGUGGUGGUUACAAUGUGAAAAGACCAUCAUUUGGUUAUUUUAUUAGAUCACCAGAGAAGAGAGAACCUGUUGCUCUCUUAAGAAAAUCUGAUGUAUCAAGAAGUAAUUUGGAAAAAGAAACGGCUCAUGUUAACCAUGAUGUAUUUUCAGGAGACCUAAAAGCACAGCUAAGUGAAGAAUCAGUUACACUUCAGGCUGAAGAACUGGAGAGUAUUUCACAAGUGGAUGAAAGUGAUGUGACAUUAACGGCCAGUAACAGCAAAAUAGAGGACACUUCCUUCAUGAGUAGCAAACCCCAAAGAUACAAAAGCAAGCCACCUACUGGUGGUGAUUCUGUACUUAGGAUAAGCACCAUUGCUUCAGCCAUUGCAGAUGCAUCAGUGAGUACUGAUCCUUCCCAACUUGCUGCCAUGAUCAAGGCACUUUCAAAUAAAACCAGAGAGAAGACUUUACAGGAAGACGAUAAACAAAAGGACUAUUCCAUUGUGUCUCAGUUUGUGCCUAAUGAUACAGAAAAAAGUAAUGGAUCCAGCAUGUUUGAUAUGGAGAAAUACCUUAAAAAAACAGAAGUUAGUAGGUGUGAAGGUGGGCUGGAAAACUUUUCAAGAGCUGGUGUGUCUGAUAUUUGGGAUUUAUCUUUACCAAAAGAACAGACUACACAAGAUAUCCAUACAGUGGACUUAGAUGCUGCUAAUAUAAGGGAACCAGAAAAAAAUACAGCAUGUACUUUUUAUGGUGGAAAUGGAGAGCACAAGAAUCAAGAAUCAUUUAGAGCAAGCUCUCCAAAUUCAAUUCUUACAAAUAGAAAAGAGAGUGAAAGUGCAAUAGUUGAUGUGAAGACAUACCCUAUUGAUAACAAAUUACCAGAUACUGGCAAUCACAAAACAGCCACCUCAGUAUGCACUCCAAUACCUAAUAAUUAUUCAUUAGUAAAGAACCCCGGAGUAGCAUCCGUUUGGAUGUCAGAAGAGUGUGAAGAAAUACAAAAUAAUAGAGAAAAUCAGAGCCAAAAUGAGUAUCUUAGUGAAGGAAGCAACAGUGAAAAACAUGUGACUUUUGGAAAACAUUCCAUAAUUGCGCCUAAAAAUGUUGAUUUGAAAAAUCACUCUCCUGAGCAUGGUGAACACAGCUCAGAGGACGACCAGGAAAGCUUCAGACCUUCCUCCUCUCCACUGAGUCAUUCUUCUCCUAGUGAAAUAUCUGGAACAAGUUUAUCAGGGUGUGCUUCAGAGUCUUCUGGUUCAGCAGCUCAUCAGAAGCUUCCCUGUGAGAGUGAGUUGUCUCAGUUGGUGUGUCCACAAGCUAGUGUGAGUAGGCUGACUUAUGUGUCUGAACAAGAGAGCACCUGUCCCACUCUAGCCUCAGAUCAUUGCCUUGAGGACUGCAAGAGUGAUGUCACCAGUGAAUUGAGUACCACAAUUAUUCAAGCCAGUCCAGUUCCAUCAGAGGAACAGGCUGUGGAAAAACUGACAGAAAAAGGUUCAUUUCAAAGUAGAAGUAAAGGAGCACUAUCGUAUAUUAUCCAAAAAGACUCAGAUACAGGCAAUGUGGCAGAAACGACUUCUCUGAGUAGCAAACCUGAAGAUGCAAAACCUUACUUUAGGUUGAGUGAAGAUCUUUCCUCCAAGAGUGGAGAUCUAUCGGAAGCCAGUGCAGUCGGGUUGACCUCUCACCCCACUGAAUUGGACCAGAUGGGCCUGGCUCUACUGAGCAAGACAGGUCUCGCCCGCCCAGCCAUGUCAGCGAUGCCACACCUCCCUGUGUCACGUCAGGCUUCUGUGAAUGAAAGUGAAAGAGUAUCCUCUGAAGAUACGCUAACUGCCAGCAGUGCAGUAAGUGGCCAGAUUCCUCAUCGGAUGGCCCCUGGAAACGAGGGCGCCCCUAUUCCCAGCACCAUGGCUCGUGGCUCUGCUCCUGAGAUGCAGAACGUGCCCACUGCACUUCCUACACUCUUGACUCAACAUUCUUUUACCACGGCUCCCUUUGCCCAGCACUAUUUAGGAACACUGUCUUCAGCUGGAAAUGUUGUUUUGCCUCAGUGCCAUGCUGGCAGCGCCACUGUCUGUGGAUUUUCGGGAAGCUGUCCUUAUUCUGCUGUUGCAGGAGAGCAUGUUCAGAACUCUGUGGCCAUGGGAAUUUGUCUAGGGCAAAAUACCAGCUCUGGAUUGAUGGGUACCUCUUCCCUUUAUAACCCAUAUUCUAAUGCCUUAAAUCAGAAUCUUCUAAGUACGGCAAAACCUUUUUCCGUGCAGUCCGUUGGUACAAACUGUGGAAUUGAACCAUGGGAUUCAGGAAUGCCGUCAGGAUUUGGGAAAGUCAGAGUACCUGAGGAGUUGAAGUUUCCUCAUGCUUGCUGUGUUGGCAUUGCUUCCCAGACCCACCUUAGUGUACUUAACCCAACUGACCGCUGGCUACAGGUCAGCAUUGGGGUUCUCACUGUUAGUGUUAAUGGUGAAAAGGUGGAUCUUUCAGCAUAUCCUUGUUUAGUUUUCAAGAAUAAAGUCAUCAUAAGACCUCAUGCCACAGAAGAGAUAAAAGUACUUUUCAUACCAUCUGAUCCUGGGAUUUUCAGAUGUAUAUUCAGUGUUGCUUGUUGGCCAUUUUCAGCAGAUGCUGAGACCAUAGCACAAGCAGAAGCCUUGGCAAGCAGAGUCGUUCUCACAGCUGUUGCUGAGACGCCUGUGAUUGAGGUAGAAACAGAAAAAAAAGAUGUUCUUGAUUUUGGUGACUUGACUUAUGGAGGCUGGAAAGCUUUGCCAUUAAAAUUGAUAAACAAGACUCAUGCCACUGUGCCAAUCAGACUUGUUAUUAAUGCUAAUGCCAUAGCCUGGCGCUGCUUCACAUUUUCCAAGGCACCCAUCCAUGCUUCUUUGAAAGCAGCUCCGUAUGCUGACAUGAUUGCUCAGCUGGCAGCUCCUUCUGUGGUCAACCACAUGAUGCCUGCCAGUUAUGACGGACAGGAUCCAGAAUUUCUGAUAAUUUGGGUUCUUUUCCAUAGUCCAAAGAAACGGAUCACUUCUUCAGAGAUUUUAGGCUCAGCAGAAGAGUUCUUGGCAAGAGUCGAUAUAGAAGUUGAUAGCCCAAACCCUACCCCAGUCAUUAAAAGUAUUGGUCUUCAAGCAAGAACAGGAAUAGCUAGGAUACAUGCUCCAAAAGACUUACAGACUAUGCACCUGUUUGCCAGUUUGGCUUCCUCAGCAAAGCAGCACUUACCUUUGAAAAAUGCAGGGAAUAUUGAUGUUUACUUAGAUAUCAAGAUCCCAGACCAAGGAAGUCACUUUUCAGUGGAUCCAGAGAAUCUAUUCCUUAAACCUGGAGAAGAACAUGAAGUUAUAGUUACAUUUACUCCAAAGGAUCCCAAAGCCUGUGAGGAAAGGAUCUUGAAAAUAUUCGUGCAGCCAUUUGGACCACAGUAUGAAGUGAUGUUAAAAGGUGAAGUAGUUUCUUCAGGAAAUAAACCUCUAAUACCUGGAUCUUGCUGCUCAGAUGCUCCAUCAAUUUUGUCCAACAAGCAGUUUCUGGCCUGGGGGGGUGUCCCUCUUGGUAGAAUACAGCUUCAGAAGCUAGCUUUAAGAAAUAAUUGUACAUCUACAACCCAGCAUCUGCGACUGCUCAUUAGAGGACAAGACCAGGACUGCUUUCAGCUUCAGCACACUUUUGGUUCAGAAGAGCGACUGACCAGUAACUGUGAGAUUAGAAUGCGUCCAAAGGAAGACAUUUACAUCUCUGUGUUAUUUGCUCCUACUCGAUUAUCUUGUAUGUUGGCUAAACUAGAAAUUAAACAACUGGGAAUUCGAUCACAACCAGGCAUUAAGUUCACGAUACCUUUGUCUGGAUAUGGAGGAACAAGUAAUCUUAUUUUGGAAGAUGUUAAAAAGUUAUCUGACAGUUACAUGGUAACAGUGAAUGACUUAAUACCUGGAAAAGAAAGUAGAAUUGUUUUUUCUGUUCAUAACACUGGCUCUCGGGCAGCUUUUGUUAAAGCAGUAGGUUUUAAGGAUUCUCAGAAAAAAAUUUUGCUGGAUCCUAAAGUAUUAAGGAUUUUUCCAGAUAAAUUUGUGCUCAAGGAAAAAACACAAGAAGAUGUUACUAUAAUAUAUAAUCCUUCAGACAGAGAGAACAGUUCUACAACUAUAACAGAACUGUCAACUGUAUACUUCUUUGGUGGCGAUGAAAUCUCAAGGCAGCAGUAUCGAAGAGCCCUAUUGCACAAACCAGGGAUUAUAGAACAAAUACUUCCAGAACAUAGUGUGCUGCAGAACAUUGAUUUUGCUGAAACAUUUCAGGAUGAGUUACAAGUAACUGAAGUGUAUGAUCUUCCCCAACGGCCUAAUGAUAUUCAGCUCUUUUAUGGAAACAUGCGUAAAAUUAUACUUUCAGUAAUUGGAGAAUUCAGAGACUCCGUGUCUAGCAGUGAAUUCCUUCAGCCUUCUUCCAAAGCUAGCGUAGAAUCUAAAAGUGAAUCUGACAGUUCUGGGAAACAUGGUGGCAAUGUUUCUUUGGAUGUUUUGCCAGUUAAAGGUCCUCAAGGUUCUCCACUUCUUUCAGAAGCUGUUCGCCCACCUCAAGAUAAAUCAUUCUCGAAGGAAAUGUGGGCUGUCCAGCCUGAACACUUGAUUUUGAUAGCUCCUUCUCCUUGUGACCUGGCAAAAACUGCAUGUUUCCAGAUUUUAAAUAAUUCCAUUAGGUUACUGAAAUUUGAGUUGUACUGGCCAGCACAUUGCCUUACAGUAACACCACAACAUGGAUUUAUCCCACCAGAGAGUAAGCUACAAAUUCUUGUGAGUCCUAAUUCCUCCUUAUCCACAAAACAGUCAAUGUUCCCAUGGAGUGGUUUGAUUUAUAUACACUGUGACAAUGGACAGAAGAAAAUUGUGAAAGUUCAAAUUCAAGAAGACUUGACCCAAAAAGAACUCCUCACUCGUUUGGCUUCCGGCCCAUUUGGAAUCCUUUCCCCAGGAACUGAGCCUUCAGUUUGUCAUCUGGUAAAACCAAUGACAAAACCACCUUCCACAAAAGUUGAGAUAAGAAACAAGACUGUUACUUUUCCUGCAACAGAACCUGGUGAAACUUCAGAAAAUUUUCUGGAACUUGAGAAUCAUGGUAACACAGAAGUGAAGUGGCAUCUGUCAUCUUUAGCUCCACCUUAUGUCAAGGGAGUCAAUGACAGUGGAGAUGUCUUUAGAGCUACCUAUGCAGCAUUCAGAUGUUCUCCUAUUUCUGGUAUACUGGAAAGCCAUGGAAUUCAAAAGGUCUCCAUCAUGUUUUUGCCCAGAGAUAGAGGAGAUUAUGCUCAGUUUUGGGAUGUUGAGUGUCACCCCCUUAAAGAGCCUCACAUGAAACAUACCUUGAGAUUUCAACUCUCUGGACAAAGUGUCAAAACAGAAAAUGAGCCUGAAAAUUCAGAAAUUUCCACAAACUCUCUCAUUAAACUAGAUAAUUUGGUUAAACCCCGGAGACCAGCUGUAUCAGAGGCUUCUGCUCUCGUACCUGGCAGGCAGCUUGACUUGACUCACCGUGGGGUUUAUGCCCCAGAAGAUGUAUAUCAGUUUCUGCCGACUAGGGUCGGGGAAUCAAGGACGCUGAAAGUCAACUUGCGAAAUAAUUCUUUCAUUACGCACUCUCUGAAGUUUUUAAGUCCCAGAGAGCCUUUCUACGUCAAACAUUCAAAAUAUUCUUUGAGAGCCCAGCAUUAUAUCAACAUGCCUGUGCAGUUCAGACCAAAGUCGGCAGGCAGAUUUGAAGCUUUGCUGGUUAUUCAAACAGAUGAAGGCAAGAGUGUUGCUAUUCGACUCAUGGGUGAAGCUCUUGAAAAAAUUAACUAGAUACAUUUUAUGCAAAGUAAACUACAUAAGUUAUAUUUUGGUAACUUCAUUUUAUUUUUACACUGCAAUAUUCUUUUGUAUAUAUUUUGUAAGAUUGUUUUGAUAACUAGAUUUUUGUUUGUUUUGAGAAGCUAAUAUUGAAUGAAGACCUGACUAAAAUAUCAUGUAUGUAGCCGACAGUAUUGUACUUAACUUUUUUAUAGGGGACAAGAGAGUUCUAUUUUUGCAUUGAUUAUGAUACUCUGAAUAAAUAUGGUAUAUAUUUUAAUGUGGUAUAACCAGAAAUAAACUUCCAUUUCCAUUGAA